GACCUUCCGAUUACAACAAAAUCCCACUAAUUAUAUUAGAGUUUAACAAAUUAACCAUUCGCUUUGACUUGCAAAUUGCAAUGAUAACUUUUUAAUCAUUUUCUCUAAUUACUCAUAAACAAUUCCUUGAAUCUGUGUAUGAUUCAAUUACAAGGUAGAAUUCAACAUAGCAUAGCCGAGGGAAAAAUUUCUGCCUUCCUUGGAAAAAAGUAUCCUUUUUCUGUUUGGAUGGCGAGACAAUUCCGAGCAACCGUAUCUGGAAAAUUGUGAUUUUGUUUGGUGUGGGGCCUAACGGAUUUCGAGUGUUGUCUGGUAGAGUUCCAACACUGACUUGAAACCAAUUUAUGAGCACGAGAUCCCUAAACUCGAUACAGGUUUUGUAGUAGGAAAUAUGCGGAAGGAUCCUACUCUGCUGUUCGUUUUGCUUUUGGUGCUUCUUGUCCUGGUAAGUGCCUCUCCCAUCAAAAAUGAUUUUAGCCAUUGUGAAAAAAUUGUCAAAAACUGGGCUGUUGCCUCUCUUGAACAAGAAGUUAAACAUGACAAACACGUGCUUCGAGAUUUGUUAUUUUUCCUUCAUGUCCCCAGAACAGGAGGGCGCACUUACUUUCAUUGUUUCUUGAGAAAGUUGUACCAUAAUUCGGAGGAAUGUCCCCGUUCAUAUGAUAAGUUGAGGUUUGAUCCAAGCAAACAGAAGUGCAGGUUGUUGGUUACGCAUGAUGACUAUAGCAUGAUGUCUAAGCUUCCCAAGGAGAAAACUUCAGUGGUGACCAUACUUAGGAACCCAGUUGACCGCGUAUUUAGUACUUACGAAUUUUCGGUUGAAGUGGCGGCUAGGUUUUUGGUGCAUCCUAACUUAACUUCGGCUACAAAAAUGGCUGGCCAGUUGCGUCCUAGGAAUGGUGGAAUUAGUACGCUGAAUAUAUGGCCAUGGAAGUAUUUGGUUCCAUGGAUGAGGGAAGACCUAUUUAAUAGGAGGGAUGCCAGGAAACUUAGGGGCUCAAAUCAUGUUAAGAGCAAAGAUCCAUACAACAUGGAGGAAAUGGUUAUGCCAUUACAUGAAUACAUCAGUGACCCUAUAGCUCAUGAUAUCAUCCACAAUGGAGCAACAUUCCAGGUUGCAGGAUUAACAAACAACUCUUAUUUUGCGGAAUCACAUGAAGUGCGCCAUUGCGUACAGAAAUUUAAGACUCUUGGUGAACACGUACUGCAAGUUGCAAAGAAGAGGUUGGAUGAGAUGUUAUAUGUUGGUCUUACAGAGGACCAUAGAGAAUCUGCAACAAUGUUUGCAAAUGUGGUUGGUGCACAGGUAAUUUCCCAGGGAUUAUCAUCAAACUCUAGCAUGGAGAAUGCAGCUGAUAAUCCAUCAGAGCAGAGCUCCUCAGUUUCAGAUUCUGAGCCUGAAAGUGAGGAUCAUCAGCAGAAUAGCACCUCAGACCAAAAGGCAAGUGAAAUUGCUUCUCCAGAAAAUCUGGAGAGGAAGAAAGGAAAUAUGACUGUAAAGACACUUAUGGAAGCUUAUGAAGAUUGCAUUUCUAAUUUGCGGAAGGCCCAGGCACGUCGCCGUACCAAUUCUCUGAAGAGAAUAGCUCCAGCAAACUUUUCAAAGGAGGAUCGUCAUCAUGUUCCCAAGGUAGUUCUUGAGCAGAUAAGAUCACUCAACAAUCUUGACCUGGAGCUUUAUAAAUAUGCUCAAGACAUAUAUGCAAAGCAACACAAACGCACAACACAAAAGUUGGCCAGUACGGAAGGAUUGGAGGGCUUGUUCAACAAUUCAGGCGGUGUCUUAUUGUGGAAACCCUAUUCUCUGGUCGUGUCCUUUAUCUUACUUCUUGUAAUCCUGGUUAUGUUUGUAAAUGCAAAAAGAAGAACAGCAAAAGUUAAAAUAUGAAUAUCUCUCUAAUCAGAUAUGGGGAAAAGUUAGAUAUGAAUGUUAUUUUGUUUACAAGCAAGUUGUAGGGUAUCACAUGCAGAGAAAAGUUAUAUAGUGGAUAGGAAAGUAGGGAUCGACCUGAUUCCAAUUUUUGGUGGAUGCCUAUGCUUAAUUUAUUCAUGAACCGAUUCAUUUUUUGGUAGGGAUCGCAUUCCUGAUAAGAUUGAAGUCUCAGGAGUCUGUUUCUGUAACCUUCUGAUAUUGAAUGUAUUAUUAGCAUUAUUCUAUUCUAUUUGGCGUUUCAGUUC